AUGAACGACGAAGAUCUCAAGGGCUACCGUGCAUUGGCCAUCUCUGAACCCGGAUUUGACAGCGGCAAUCCUUCGGCUACCAGACUGAUAUCUAAUGUGGCGGGCUUCCGCGGUGGAACUGGACGGCGAGCAGACUUCGUCGUCGCUGGUGACUUUAAUCGCCACGAUCUACUCUGGGGAGGCGACGAGGUAACGGCGAGAAGACAAGGGGAAGCGCAGUCGAUCAUCGACCUGAUUAAUGACUGUGGGCUCUGCAGCCUGCUACCGCGAGGCACCAAAACGUGGCAGGGCCGAGACUCGGAAAGCACGAUUGAUCUAGUGCUUGCGUUGGCCGAACUGGCAGACGAGAUGGUGAUAUGCAACAUAUACCCCAUGGAGCACGGAUCAGACCAUAUAGUUUUUGACGAUGGCGAACCGUGUGUUGACGGAGCGUCCCUGUUGCAGGCCGAGGUCGUCGCUCUUCUAGGAUCUCCAGCCGAAUUUACCAACAGCAGCGCCUGGGCGUACCUAAACACAUACCUGUUGUACUGGCACGUCUUUCGACAGGAAAGUGGCGUAGGGGUCACAGAUGAUCCCCUGGGUGAGUCGGUUGUCGUCGAAGAAGCAGGCCCCAGGAUCUCCCACGUCGAGGCGUAUCAGCACCGUGGAGAGCGCCUGCGAGGCCUAUGCCUGUACGACUAUGUAUCGCUCGUCAGGCUCGAACGCAACAACAAUGGCGGGAACCUCUUUCUCAGCGGCGGGCAGAGAGUUGGCGACACGGCUGACGCUGAACAAAACGCAGUCUAUCGCUUCUCAAUCAUAUGCCGCCAGCUCGAUUUGAUACGACAAAACGACGGAGGCGAUGUCGGCCAGCUCUGCCAGUUCAUCGGCAGCGAGGGCAGGACCGGCAAGUCGCGAAUCAUCGAGGCACUCGCCGAGUUGUUCAGGAUUGCCGCAGUCCGGAUCAACAGUAUCACGAUCCACUCCACAUGCGGGUUCUCCAAAGACCAAGGGGCGGCCGCGAACACGGCGAGAGAUCUCGACGAGGUGCGACUGCCAAGCAAGCGGAUCGGUUCGUCCAUGGCCAGUUUCGGAUGA